AUGGAAGAAUAUGAAAUUAUAAUUGAUGUUUUUAAUCGUCCUCCAUCCGCUACUGGCAGGAAUGAGAAAUACGUCCAAAUCGUUUGUUCACCUCAAAUGAAAUAUGUAGCUACUAUUACACAUAUGGAUGCAGCUACAGGUGAAUUACAGGAUGGUGAAGAUGAUCAAUUAUUUAAAGAAGCGACUUUAUGGUCAGUAAUUAAAAAAUCUGAUGAGUCUGAUGAAUUUUAUACCUUGCUUUUUUCUUUUAUUUCACCGUUUUUACUUAUUAACGUUUAUCAAUUAUAUUAUUAUCGAAAAUUAGAAGUAUUCGAUGGUAAGGAAGGGGUGCGUAAAGAACUCUACUUUCCUAACACUCACAAUGUAGUAAACCAACUUGCUUUCGUCCAAAAUGGAGAUUUAGUAAUUGCUUUGUUUGAAGAUGAAUCCACUGCUCACUUAAUGGAUCCAUGUUCCCUUAAAACUCGUGUUCCUGCAGCAAAACUAUUUGAAACUGACGUGGAAAUUCAAGACCCCUACAUAAUCAAAUUCGAUAAUGUUAUCGGAAUAAUAAAUAAUGAGGUAGCAAUUUAUAGUGGGCUGGUUCGAAAGGAUUGGAUAAAAUAUCUACGGGAGGAUCUUGGAGAUCAUAAUAGGAUAUUUGUACUUUCUGAUUCUAAAUUUAUUACGGAAAUGAUUAAGGAAGAAUUAUCAUCUGAUGAAAAACAUUUCACAAAUUCAUUAUUCCAAUCAGAAAAAAACAGUAACAGCAUUCCUUAUCGCGGCAGUUAUUUGAAAUGGAAUUUAUAUUAUACGCCCAAUGAUAAACCCAAAUCCGUUCCUAAACUUGAACUUGAAGCCUUAUUCUAUGAUAAAGAUAAAGCUGAGUGGUUACCAGUAGAGGGAAAGAUUAGAAAUGAAAAAAAUUUUAAUUUAGGAAAAACUUUCCUCGGAAAAACUUUCCUCGACUUAGAAUCAUAUUCCAAGACAUUUCCUGAUUCAAAGUUUCAGAUCAUAAUCAAAAAUAAAACCUUGAAAUUUGGCAGUGUCAGUGAAGAAAAAAAAUCUUAUUUUUUUAAAGAAUUGCUAGAGGACUAUAUCUCUGACAAAUUUUUCAUAAUCAAUUAUGGUCCAAUUUUAAUGGAAACAUUUUUAUUUUUAAAAGAAGACGAAUGGGUUGAAAAAUUGUGUAAAGCUUGCCAUGACUUAAUUUUCACAGUCGAUGGUCUGAAAUCUACCUCAGAUAUUCAGUUAUUAUCCAUCAUAAUUGAAGUCUUUCCUCAGUUAUUACAGAGGCAUCCAAUAUAUUUAGCUAGAUUUUUGUCCCAAACUGCAUUUGUGUUGCCGUUAGCUGAUCCCGAGUUGAUAUUAGAUAGUGAAAUUGUCAGUUUAUCAUCUGAACAACAUUUAUAUCAUUUUGGAACUUAUAAUAAUUUAACAGAAAAAACUUCUUUAAUUGACGUUUUUAUUUCAAAAAUUACUAAAUGUUGGAAUAAAAUUAGAGGAAAAUCCGAAACCGAAGAAGUAACUCCUCACCCAUCCACCAAUGGCGGCCAGAGUGUUAUUUCAUAUUCUGAGGCUACAAUCAAACUUCUGAUUCCUCUUCCAAAGUUUGUCAAUUAUCCCAAAAAUUAUAUCUUUUGGGAUGAGCUGAAAAACCCUUCACCAAGUUUUUUCACAAAUUCAAUAGAUCUAGAACUAUAUAAAUAUUGGAAUGGAGAAGCUUUAAUAAACUUUAAAUGGAAUACUUAUGGAUUAAAAUAUUAUUUAAUUGCUUGGUCUGUUUAUACAGUGUUUCUUUGUUGUUAUACUAGCGUGGUUACUUUGAGUGAGUUUUUGACAGCAUGGGAACAACAAUUUCUGCUGUGUGUGGCAAUUGGUUUGGGAAUUUUACAUUUAGUUCACGAAUUUAGACAACUCAUUCAUUCUCCUGAUGAAUAUAUUAAAUCACCUUGGAACUAUUUUGCUCAUGUAAGCGAACUUCGUGACUUAAUUCGUGAAAUUCAAAUUGGAAAUUGGCAGGGAUUUGAAAAGCCAGUUCUUUCCCAAACACUGUUAAAAGCUAUACAAGCUGAAAAUCUAGAAGAAGAAGAUAAAACUAAUCCAGAAGAAGAAAGCAUUAAAAAGUUGGAAAACGAGAUUAAAUCAUUGAAAGAAAAGAUUAAUCAGUUAAUUAAUAUAGCAGAACAAGCUACGUGA